AGUGGGAGGGUGGGUGAGGGGCGGGGCAGACCCAUACCAAACAUUAUCCUUCGGUACCUUGAGCCUCAGGGGCCAGGUCGCCGCUUUUCUGGCCCGGACAGUGGCACUUCCCAGCAUUAACCACCAGGGGGUGUCACAGCCCCGGAGUUUACUCGGCCAGAGUGCACCCAGCAGAAAAAGCUUGUCAACUCUGCUACCUCUUCAGCCUGGUGGGUGCCCCCGCUCACACUGUGGAGGACACAUGGAAGUGAACCUGAGGUCUGAAGAGUGGGAUUGGGCAAGAGGCUGGAGCAAAACUUCUUAGUCAGAGUCAGGUUCCGGGGGAUUUUCCAAGCACAAACCUAGAAUAGAAUGAAAUUCAAGCUGUGAUCAGCUCCAGAAGGAGGCCCAGUUCUCAGGGAACAGUGAGCUGGAAAAGGUCCCCAGAUCCUGAGGGUCAGAGCUGGACUGGCGGGCAGCCAGAGAAUGCAGCCCAGGAGCGGGGCCUGGAGGGGCAGUGGGGCACAGCACCCUGCCCCCUCCACCACAGGCCAGCCCCUCCUGCCCUCCCUUGGGGUCUGCUAACUUGUCUCCUACACUCGGUUGUGAUGCCUGAUGUGAGGAGCUGUGAAAGGCUAGAGGGGGUGAGCAGGGGAGGGGGUGUCACAACCUUAUGGCCAGAUGUCCCCCUGACCAGUGAACAUGAGUGGGAACCCCUGAGACCAGGGGCACAGAGGCCAGGGGAGACCAGGUCUGGGCUCUCCUUCACAAGGCAGGAAAACCCAGUGUUUCCAAAGUGCUCACAAGGAAAUGGGGUUUAUAUCUGCAGCCUGGGCCCUGAGCCCCAGAGGGUAGUACUGCUGGGGUCCCCCGGAGACAGGAUGGAGGCUGGGCUGCUGGGGUGUGCAAACCUCCUCAGCCUUCAUUUUGGUGCCAGAGGAAAGGCCAUAGCCCCGUUUGCAAAAGAGAAGACUGAAGCCUGAGGGGCUGGUCUUGUUCCUGCUGGAGGUGAAGCUCCUUGGGCUCCCACAUGUGGGCAGAGUGCAUCCAGUUCCCCAGACCCCACGGGCUCAGCUGAAGCCUCCCUCAGGUGCUGAGGGACUUGCUUUCCUCUCUCUUUCCUUCCCAUCAUCUCCUACCCCUCCCCUCCGGACAUGGAUACUCAGGACCCUUCUCAGCUAAGCCUCCCCAGCCGCAUCUCUAGCCAGACCUACCUUGAUGCUCCUUCCUUUCCUGGGCCUUUGUUCCUCCAGCCCUCGCACCCUGGCCUCAGCCUGACCAGGAUGGCUGGGAAGAGGAGGGGGGAUGUCCCACUCCUGAUGCCUCAGACCUGCUGUCUCUGCCGCCCCUGCCUCCUAGCGGGUGGGCUGGCACUAGCCCAGGAAUGCACUUUGUUUCCUGGUUGAGCAAUGUCACUGUGCUGUGGGGGAUAGUGGGGGCAGGAAAAGGCGCUCACAGCCCUCCCCAUCCCACAAGGCAGCUGUGGGAACGGGCCUACUAGAGAGACUGUCCAGGCUGACCAGAAGCUUGGGACAGAGCCCAGCAGUCUGUGUCGCUGAAUGGGCAUGGUUUCUCUGCUAUACCAGGAAGUGUAGAGAGGCCUGGGGAGGGCAGUGCUCAGCUGGGAAGGAAGACAGAGGACAUACGGGGUGGGGGGUCAUGGGGGCUUUGUGAGUGGGAGUCCAGCCUGUGGCCCCUGCACCCUGUGCCCCUGUGAGCCUGGUCAAGAGGGGACUCAAAGGGUCCCCUCUCCCCCAGCAGCCUCCCUGUUGGACACCCUGAGGUCUGGGCAAGGGAGGGCCUAGGCCAGUGUCCCCAGGAGAGGAGGCACUGUCACCACAGACACAGGGAAGCAGACACAUUGCCAGGGAAGGGCAGAGAGGCAGAUGGGAGGGCAGCCUUACUCUCUGGAGGCCCAUGGUGGCAUUUCUAGGACAGCGGGCCCCAGGGGUAGUGGGGUGCCAAGGGCUGGAUGCAGGCCCUGUCUGCAUUCCUCACAUAGAUGUCUUGUAGUCCUGGGUGUUUGAUGCAGAUUGGGAAGCUGAACCCCUUCCUAGCACCCUUGUUCCCUGGCUAGGCUGUGGCUGAGCUGGGACUUGAACCUGGGUCCUGAGUGACAUCGCCUUAGGUCCUCCCUCCCUCUGUCUCUGGCCCCCUUUAGCCCUACCUCUGUGUCCCAAACAUCUCCACUGUCCUCUGACUCUGAGGAUACUAGGGCAAGCUGUUGCUGGGCAGGGUCACACCAAGAAGGCAGGAGUCGGGGUGCCACUCUGGCCCCCUUGUCUCUCUGAGCCUGAUCCAGGGGAGGGGACUGGGCAGGCAGGCCUGAACCCUGCUGUCCUGGCUUUGCUGGGAACUGGAGAAUGGCCGUGGGGGCUCUGAGCAUCCUGCACCCCAGCUGUCUUGUGGGCAGUAGGCGCCAAGUCCUCAAGCACGUGGGUUGGGAUAGCCCUGGGGAGGAGGGGUGUUUGUAUCAUCAAGGCUUGCAGGGGGCAGGCUGCGGGAAUGAGGGAGUUAACGGCGGUUGCUUUCUCCUUUCUGGAAGGAAAACUCCCCACAAACGCCCUGGUCCCUGGCCUCCCGCCAGGGCCAAGAACAGGGACUGAAAACUGGAAGUUCAGGCGUGUGGCCAGCUCUGCCUCUCAUAGCAAGCAUUAGAGUCGGGCAGCAGCCCUGCCAUCGCCAGCUGUCCGUCCAUACACCCACCUGUCCUCUGGGUGCCUCUGUUUGUUGGUAAACCUGUCUGUCCACCGUCUGUAAUCCCGUCUCUGUCUAACCUUCUCUUACUAUCUUUUGUCCAGCUAUCUGGACUGUCAAUCCAUUUGUUUGUCUGUCUCUGGCCUCCAUCUAUUUGUUCAUCUGUCCAAUCACUUGUGAGUCUAUCUGCCCAUCUUGUUCAUUCAUCCACCCAUCUGUCUGUCUACCUGCCUUCUCUCUCCACCCUGGACCUCAGAGCCAUGGCCCAGGGACGCAGGGCCACGGUCAGCAUGGUCCUUCUGGGAUUGGGGCUGGCCCUAGCCAUCAUCGUGCCCGCCGUGGUCCUCUCUCGCCACCAUGCCCACUGCGGCUCCCAGGCCUUUGCCCACGCUGCGGUCGCCGCUGACUCCAAGGUCUGCUCGGAGAUUGGACGAGCCAUCCUCCAGCAACAUGGCUCACCUGUGGAUGCCGCCAUUGCGGCUCUGGUCUGCACCGGAGUCGUCAACCCUCAGAGCAUGGGGUUGGGCGGAGGGGUCAUCUUCACCAUCUAUAACGCCACCACAGGGAAGGUGGAAGUCAUCAAUGCCAGGGAGACGGUGCCUGCCAGCUAUGUCCCCGGUCUGCUGGACCAGUGUGAGCAGGCCCAGCCACUGGGCACAGGGGCCCAGUGGAUUGGAGUGCCCGGGGAACUCCGUGGCUAUGCUGAGGCCCACCGUCGCCACGGCCACCUGCCGUGGGCACAGCUGUUCUGGCCCACCAUCUCCCUGCUCCGAGGGGACUACCGCAUGCCCUUUACCCUCAGUCAGUUCCUGCAGAGUGACUUCCUACGGCCUUCCCUGUACAUGACUUCUCUGAGGCAGCUCUUUUUCAAUGGGACAGAACCUCUGAAGGCUCAGGACCCAUUCCCAUGGCCCGCGUUGGCUGCCACCCUGGAAACCGUGGCCACAGAAGGUGCAGAGGUCUUCUACACAGGGACGCUGGGCCGGACGCUGCUGGAGGACAUUGCCAAUCAAGGUAGCCAGCUGACCCUGCAGGACCUGGCAGAGUUCCAGCCGGAGGUAGUGGAUGCCCUGGCAGUGCCCCUGGAGGACUACACCCUAUACUCACCGCCACCACCCGCAGGGGGUGCAAUUCUCAGCUUCAUCCUCAACGUGCUCAAAGGGUUCAACUUCUCCUCUGAGUCGGUGGCCAGGCCCGAGGGGAGCGUGAACUUGUACCAUCACCUUGUGGAGACGCUCAAGUUUGCCGGGGGACAGAGGUGGCGACUGUGGGACCCUCGUAGCCACCCGGAUAUCCAGAACGCCUCCCAGGACCUGCUGGGAGAGGCUUUGGCCCAGCACAUCCAGCAGCAGAUCGACGCUCGGGGUGACCACCAUCUCAGCCACUACAGCCUGGCCGGGGCCUGGGGCCACGGGAUGGGCACAGCGCACGUUUCUGUGCUGGGGGAGGAUGGCAGUGCUGUGGCAGCCACGAGCACCAUCAACACGCCCUUUGGAGCAAUGCUGUACUCGCCACGCACGGGCAUCCUCCUCAACAAUGAGCUUCUGGACCUAUGCUGGAGGCGCUCCCCGGACUCCAGAGUCACCCCACUACCUGUUCCAGGCGAGCGACCUCCAUCAUCCAUGGUCCCCUCCAUCUUGAUCAAUGCAGCUCAGGGGUCAAAGCUGGUGAUCGGUGGGGCUGGUGGGGAGCUCAUCAUCCCUGCUGUGGCUCAGGCCAUCAUAAACAAGCUAUGGCUUGGCUUUGACCUGAGGACUGCCAUUGAAGCCCCUAUCCUGCAUGUCAACAGCGAGGGCCAUGUGGAAUAUGAGCCCAACUUCAGCCGGGAGGUGCAGAAGGGGCUCCAGGACAGGGGCCACAACCAGACCAUGAGGCCCUUUUUCCUGAACGUGGUCCAGGCCGUGUCCCAGGACGGGGCCUGUGUGUAUGCCGCAGCGGACCCAAGGAAAGGUGGGGAGGCCUCGGGCUACUGAGGAGACUGCUUCUGGCAGCUGCAAUCCGGCCCACUGUCAGUGUGUGCUCAGGCUGGCCUUGGCUGUGGGACCCAGCACCCAAGCAAGAUCUGGACCCUUCGGCGGAGGGUCAGCCUGGGCUGCAAGAGGUGGGGACAGGCUGGAAGAUGGACGACUGUGGGGACUGAGCCCUCCCCAGAGUCUCAUGUGGCCCUGCCCUGGCCCCCCAAGCUUCUGCUAGACCUCUUACUCAGGACCGUGGCCCACCCUCCCUCCCCACCUGCCCCACUCCCCAUCUGUAUACCCUCUAGUCCAAGAUUAAAGAGGAGGGUGGACCUC